GAGAACUGCAAGACGCGGCACCCGUACGCCUACGUCCCCUUCAGCGCCGGCCCCAGGAACUGCAUCGGCCAAAAGUUCGCCCUCAUGGAAGAGAAGGUCAUGAUCAGCCACGUCCUGAGAAAGUUCCGCGUGGAGAGUGUCACUCCGAGGAAUGACCUGGAACUUGUUGGCGAAAUCAUUCUCCGGCCCUUCGAGGGCAUCAGGGUGAAGCUGGUCCCCCGGCGCGAUGCUGAGACUGCUCCCGCGAUGCUCAAGUCCCAGGAGCGAUGCUGAGACUGCUACUUCUUCCAGCGACAUCACACUCAUUUUGCUAUCGAUAGCUCAAGAUUGCGUAUUUUCACGUGCACUGUGGCUCCUUGUGUUUUGGUCCAAAACGGUCUUCUGUGCAGUGUCAAUUUUAGGCCCGUUCGGCUAAUCUCUUCAGUUCACACCAUGGUUAAACAGAGUUGAAAACAGCCGAGUUUUGAGUUGCGGCUCAGACACCCAGAUCCACAGCCCUGUAACUGUUUCGAAGCUGCUGUCAUUCAAGAUUAGUAGUCUGUCUUUGCGCGCUGAUAAAUAAAGACCCAAACCAUC